UUUGAUAACAUCAAUUCUCCACCUCUAAUCAACAACUGCGCACUAGCUUUCCCUGGCAAAGAAAAACAAACAGCCAUCAUAGUCGAAUUCGUUCGGAGCCUUUCGCAGUUAAAUCCAAGCAAGAGCCAUGACUAUUCUGGGAAAACUACGUGGCGAGAUUAAGGACCAGGAAAAGGUUCCCCUGCCGAUGAACCUCAACGAUGAGGCGCUCAUGCAUCAUGGCUCCCUCAUCGCACCGAAAGCCGCUUAUAGCGACACCGAAGCCGAUGCAGAGUCGAUGGUCUUCAACCGACCGCAGCACCACUGCCUGAAGUCGUUCUUGCUGUUCCUGAUCGCGUUGGUGGUGAUGCUGAUGGGCGUCCUCGGCGGAUGGACCCUGUACCGCCUGUACGCUCCAUCACACGCCAGCAUGCGCUAUCAUGCCUUGUGCGAGAUUCCCUACCCGGAGGACUCCAUGGAGCUGCCCCGCGUCUAUCCACGCAGCGAAGAACCCUUCGCCCUUACCUGGCGCUCCCUGCUGCCCCACUUCGAGGCCAAUGAUAACUUCCCCGACAACAGCCUUUUUGACGAGAACAGAGGCUUCUUCCGCGAGGAUAUCGAGGUGGACGGCGACAGCGACGACGACAGCUACGCCAAGGUGGACGUGCCCGAUUUCAAGGACGGGCGCCGCGGCCGGUUCAUGCACGACUUCAAGGAGAACCAGUCGGCCAUCAUCGACACCACCACUGGACGGUGCUUCAUCAUGCCCCUGGACCGGGAGACCACCUUGCCGCCCACCAGCUUCGUCGACCUGAUGAAGAAGAUGGGUACCGGCUACUACAACAUCGACACGGAGCGCGUCCGGCGACAGAUGCGUGUAGUCACGCCCCGCAUCACCGAUCUCUCGCUCAUCUCGGAGCGCAUCGCCAAUGAGUGCUACGACAUGAAGGUCUACCUCAUGGAGAAGUUUGUCUCGGGAGUCUCGAAGAGAUCCGCCGAUCCGCUACCAGACACCGGCAAGUAUGCCGAGUUCAUGGGCAAGGGCCUGAUUGAGUACGACCUGGCCAACAUCGCCGAGGUGGAGGCCUACGAGGCCAACGAGGCCAAGCAGCAGCUGCAGGCCUGAGCGGUCCCAGUCCAGAGGACGCUUUUUUAAGCUACAACGCCCCAUAUGAAUACACAACCUAAACAAAUUAUUAAUUAGAAUCGAUUUAUACAUAUAACGAGAGAGAGAGAUGCAAGCGAGGAGGAGGAGGAGGAAGUUAUCUGCCCAGAAGUCUAGAUCUGGUUAAGCCACUGGUUAGCAGGACACAGCCCUGUCGCGACCGGGCGACAGUUUAUCAUAGGCCCCGAUAAAGUUUUGUGAAUCAUAGACCCUAGAACGAAAAUGUACCUAGAACGCAAUCAAAAGCGAUCGAUGAAAUUGUGACAAAUACGAGCAAUGUAUGAGCCUCAAGAGCGGAUGGAAGACAGACGGACAGAGUGGAUCGGAUCGAUCGGUACACAGAUACAUGCUAACACACCGCGGCAUUCCAAGUACAUAUUUUAUAUAUAUGCUCUUUAACUAAUCUAACUAUUGAUGUAUAGACCGGAUCCAGAUCCAGAUCGAAGUCACUAUCCGAAUCCGAAACCAAAACCGAAAACCAAAUCAGCCAGAAAACCGAGGGGGAAACACAAACUAUCAGCAUGCGUCGGAAGGCAGAGAAACAGAUUAAUCUAAAUGUUCUUUAAACUAAUUAAAUGUAUUCAACGCGAAUUUGUGAUCUUUAA